AUGGAAUACACAAUAGGAAUACAGACGAAGAGGAAAAAGCAGUUCGAAAGACGCUUGGAACAGUGGAAGAAGGAUGAUCAACAGUUUGUUAGUACCAAAGUAGAGAAAUGUGUAAUGCAAAACGUUUUGACACAAAGUUCCGUUACCAUUGUAGGAAACUCAGGCAUUGGAAAAAGUUUUCUUUCUAAACACAUUGCCCUCUUAAUGAUGAAACAUGGCUAUACUGUAAUUCCAUGUAGUAAACCUGAAGAUAUUGGAAAAUGGUUUAAACAUGAUAGGAAAACAUUAUUUGUCUAUGAUGAUGUGUGUGGCAGAUAUACUCUUAAUCAACAAAUUUACAAUGACUGGAAACAAAAUCUUAAUCACAUUACAUCUCUUCUUACAGACCAAUGUUGUAAAAUAAUAUCUACAUGUAGAUUGGAAGUUUACAAAGAUGAAUGUUUUAGCAAUCUCUCUUUUUUCGAAAUGUGUAUCAUUGAUUUAAGUUCACAAGAAUUUAAACUCAGUGCCGCUGAAAAAAAUGCUUUAGCUGAAGUGUACUUUAAGGACAAUACUGAUGAAGUAAAGGAACUGUCAGAAAAAUAUGAUUUUUUCCCACUUUUAUGUAGCUUGUAUCAUAAACAGAACCUCCAGAAAAAUGUAAGCAUUAGCUCUUUUUUUAGCAAUCCUUUUGAUGUUUUUAAAGAUCAAGUUGAACAAAUGUAUGGAGAAAGUGAUGCUGGUAAGAUGCAGUAUUGUAGCUUAGUCCUUUGUGUGAUGUUUAACAACACAUUAACAGAAGAAAAUUUGUCCACACAAGAUAAGAAGAUAGGCGCAGUUAUAGAAAAUUCACUAAGAGAAUGUGAAUUGAAUAAAGGAACAUCCAUCAAACGUUUAAAGAAAUCCCUUGAAACACUUGAAGGUACCUAUGUGGUCAAGGAGGAUAGUACAUACAAAAUAAUCCAUGAUAAGUUGUUUGAUUUCCUGGCUAAGUACUUCGGGGAGAAGAUGAUACACAUUUUCAUUGAUCAUGCUGAUACUGAGUUCAUAAGAGAGAGGUUUCUUUGGAAGAUGACAGAUAACAUGGGCACAGAAAUAGAGUUUGUAAUAAGAAUACCUGAUAAAUAUGUAAAUAGAUAUAUAGAUAGGUUACUGAAAGACUGGGAGAACGGUUAUGUAUACAAUGUAUGUCACAACAGAAACAUGAAUUCUACUUUAUUUACAGAAACAUUUGUAACACAUUUAAAUCAACUUGAUCCAUCAAAGCAACAAGAACUUGUUUGUACUAAAGAUAUUCACAGUAAAGAUAUAGCACUUUCAGGAAGUUGUUAUAUUGGUACUAUUGACAUUGUCAAAUGGUUGAUAAGUAGGAAUAGUGACAUUAAUUUUUGUAGACAGGAUGGUUGGUUUCCCUUAUUAUGGGCAAGUCAGGAAGGACAUAUUAAUGUUGUUAAAGAACUGUUACAGUAUUCAUCUGAGGUCAAUAAGUGUGACAAUGAUGGUGUAUCACCUUUGUAUAAAGCAAGUCAGAAUGGACAUGUUGAUGUUGUUAAAGAACUGAUACAACAUUCAGCUGAUGCCAAUAAAUGUACUAAUGAUGGCAUCUCACCACUACAGAUUGCUAGUAACAACAACAUGGUUGAGGUUGUACAUGUUCUUCUUCAGUGUGAUGAUGUUGAUAUUAAUCUCUGUGAUGAUGAUGGAUGUUCUUCACUUUAUUGGGCAAGUCAGGAAGGACAUGUUGAUGUUGUGAAAGAACUGUUACAACAUUCAGCUGAUGUCAAUAAAUGUACUAAUGAUGGCACCUCACCUCUACAGAUGGCUUGUUACAACAACAUGGUUGAGGUUGUACAUGUUCUCCUUCAGUUGGAUAAUGUUGAUAUUGAUCAUUUAGAUGAAAACGGAUGUUCUUCACUUUAUCAAGCAAGUCAGAAAGGACAUAUUGAUGUUGUUAAAGAACUGAUACAACAUUCAGCUGAUGUCAAUAAAUGUAACAAAAAUGAUGCAUCACCUCUGCAUAUAGCAAGUCAGGAAGGACAUGUUAAUGUUGUUAAAGAACUGUUACAACAUUCAGCUGAUGUCAAUCAAUGUACUAAUGAUGGCACCUCACCUCUACAGAUUGCUAGUAACAACAACAGGAUAGAGGUUGUACAUGUUCUUCUUCAGUGUGAUGAUGUUGAUAUUAAUCUCUGUGAUGAUGAAGGAUGUUCUUCACUUUAUUUGGCAAGUCAGGAAGGACAUGUUGAUGUUGUGAAAGAACUGUUACAACAUUCAGCUGAUGUCAAUAAAUGUACUAAUGAUGGCACCUCACCUCUACAGAUGGCUUGUUACAACAACAUGGUUGAGGUUGUACAUGUUCUCCUUCACUGA